AUGGAGCCCUUAACGAGGCUAGUGGAUGGCUUGUUGACGCGACGAGAUGUGCCUCGUAUUCCAGUCAGAACCACUCCCUACCACACCCUCCCCCGAUGCACUCGCCACUACAAGUCCAAACGCGAUCUCAUCCUCCGCUCCCUCGGCAAGGCGUCCUUUAUCAAUGGCUCGCAAUUCGUCGUCGCCUGGAUCUCACCUCGAGGCGAGGUCGAUGUUUACGCGUCUGAUCUCCUCCAGUCCGCCAUCUCGCCCAAGGAUGGCAAGCCCAUCGUCGACAAGAGGGAUCUCGAGAAGGCGGCGGGGCGGAUCAAGCCAGAGAUGAUCAAGCGGUGGGAUGAGCUGAGGCGGCUCGAGGACGCGGGAGAGGCGGUCACGCUGGAGGAUGAUGAUGAGGUUGCUGCCGAGCGCGAGGACGUCGAGGAAGACGGAGACGAGGAGAACCUCGACGCGGACCAGACUCUCGUCGAGGAUGCCACCAGCCCGCUCAAGCCAGAACCCAUCCCAUCGGCCGUCCUCCUCAAGCGCCCAUCCCCAUCUCGCAUGAUGUCCACCUUCUCCGCUACCCGUCCAUCCACCCCGGCUCCCCCUAUUCACGCCAUCACUCUCGCACCCGCCGCCGUUCAGCCCUACUACCUCAACCGCUUCUCGGCGCUUCAGCAGGCUACCUGCAAGCUGGUCGUCAAGGCGUGGAUCAAGGUCAUCGAGCCCAAGAAGCAGAUGAGGUUCCCGUACAACAAGGGAGAGGAGCUCAAGCCAGCAUGGUGGCCGGUCGGUGUGCGUCAUAGGGAGCCGGAUCAUCUCAGCAAGACUGAACGCAUGGCACUCCUCACUUGCAUCGUCAGAUCGCCUCUCGUCACUGUCUCCGCCCUGGAACUUUCCACCGCCGCAGCUGGCGCUUUCAUCUCUCAUCCCCGUCAAAGCAUCCUCCGCGAGAUCUACGCGGUCGGCAAGGAGGAAGAGAAGCGGCGCAAGGAGAAUGACGGAACAGGCGACCUCAUCGUCCACCUGCCUAAUGCGCCCGUCUCCCCGUCCCAGAUCUCCCCCGACGUGCCAGAAAAGCGGUCGCGCGGGACGAUGGAGGACGGGUGGUACGUCGCUUCGGACAAGGAGAACGCGCUCCCCUCCGCCUCUACCUCAUAUUCGGCCCACGCCUCCAAGCGGGCAAAGACGCAAGCACAACCACCACGUCUCGCUCCCCUCACUAUCAACAACAAUCCCGCUGUCCACUACGACCCUUACCCUACACCCGCCUACACUUACAUCCCCCAUCCUCACACCUGGCGCCCAGACGGCACUCUUGGCGUCCCACCCCCACACCUCUCCCCUUACCCCACCGACUGGUCCAAUCCGGGAUCAGAUUACUCUCGCUCUCCCGUGCCCGAACCCGCGGACACGUACCACCCACAUAUCACCCAUCUCGCUCCCGUCCUUACGCCUGGCGCGUCAACGGGAACGACACCCGACCCCUCCAUGUACCCCGGCUCUAUAGCGCCAACGAGUCAGCCCCCCUCGGCAACGUACUAUACUCGGGGAUACGUACCGCAGCCAAUGGACUACCUCAACGGCGGACAUCCAACAUAUGACUAUGGGAGUCCAUACUUGACGGAUGCGGCGUGGGAGAACCCCUUUAACUCGCAGCAAUCGACACAAUGA